AGAUCUUGUAGCUCUAGUAAAACUUUUUGCCUGAGAUCUCGCGAGAAGAAGCGUGUAGGUGACAGACAGGCAAUGGCAGCAGCUGUGUUUCGUAGUGCUCAGCUUCUGGGCAGAGGGCUUCCUCGCUGCUUGGCCACUCAAAAUGUCCAUUGCAGAUGGAGUUCAAAGAAAGCAGAGGCAUUGUCUCCGAAAAUACAAGAGGGCACCUCAUUUCCUCCCCUGGCAACGUUCACAGAAGAGGAGACCAUGAUGAGAGACAUGGUAAAAAAAUUUGCCCAGGAUCGCAUCGCCCCACUUGUAAAAACGAUGGAUGCCAACUCAAAAAUGGAUGACUCCAUCAUACAGGGCAUGUUUGAACUUGGGCUGAUGGGGAUAGAGACGGAUCCUAAGUACGGAGGAACUGGUUCAACGUUUUUCUCAUCCAUUCUGGUGAUCGAGGAGUUGGCUAAAGUGGACCCAUCCGUGUCGAUUGUUUGUGACAUCCAGAACACGCUCAUCAAUGCCUUGUUCACGAGACUGGGGACAGAGCAACAGAAAGACACCUACCUGCCCAGGUUGUGCAAAGACAUGGUGGGCAGUUUCGCCCUUUCAGAAGCCGGUUCUGGCAGCGACGCUUUCUCCUUGAAGACCACAGCCCAGAAACACAAAGAUUACUAUGUGAUCAAUGGCUCCAAAAUGUGGAUCAGUAAUUCCGAGCAGGCCGGAGUCUUCCUCGUCAUGGCCAACGCUGACGUCUCCGCAGGAUACAGAGGGAUCACGUGUUUCAUAGUGCCUAAGGAUACCGAAGGAUUUCACAUUGGAAAGAAAGAGGAUAAAAUGGGACUCCGAGCAUCUUCAACCUGCAGCCUGUCAUUUGAUAAUGUGAAGGUUCCAGAGUCCAGUGUCCUCGGCCAGGUUGGACAAGGUUACAAAUAUGCGAUAGGAAUGCUGAAUGAAGGUCGGAUUGGAAUUGCUGCCCAGAUGCUGGGCUUGGCUCAGGGCUGUUUUGAUCAGACCAUCCCAUACACCAAGCAGAGAAUCCAGUUUGGGAAGAGGAUAUUUGACUUUCAGGGUAUGCAGCAUCAGAUCUCGCACGUGGCCACACAGCUGGAGGCAGCCCGACUACUUACUUACAAUGCAGCCAGGCUGAGGGAAGCUGGGAGACCCUUUAAGAAGGAGGCCUGCAUGGCUAAGUACUUCUCCUCGGAGGUGGCAGCAAUGACAACCAGCAAGUGCUUGGAAUGGAUGGGAGGAGUUGGCUUCACCAAAGACUAUCCAAUAGAAAAAUUUUACCGGGAUGUCAAGAUAGGUACAAUCUAUGAGGGAACAUCCAAUAUCCAGCUGAGCACCAUUGCCAAGUUUAUCGAUCAGGAAUACUGAAGCCCAGGAAUGUGUUCUCUUUCUCUACGAUCCUUCCGAUUCCACGUGAUCAAUCACUUUCCAGACACACAUGAAUGUCCUCACCAUAAUCCAUGAGUAUUACUGUUGAGAAAGCACUGACACUUCUGCUUAGGUCCAACUCUGAGCUCUUCACUGUUCUUCCAAAAAGAAACAAUUAUCAGGGAAAGACAUUGCCUAAUUUCAAUGCCAAGAAUACACUACAAACUUCAAACACUCGUGCCUCUUAAAAGGUCAGUCCACGCAAAAUCGAUAUUUUGGUCACCAAACUGGUGAAAGGUCAUAUUUUUGCUAUACAGUGAAACCUCGGAUUGCGAGUAACGCGAUUAACCAGCAUUUCGCAAUACGGGCACUUUUUUUUUUUUUUAAACCUGACUCGAUUUGCGAGUGUUGUCUCCCAAAACGAGGAGGAUUCAAGCCAAUGCGUUGUGCAGUACCGCAUUUGGCCUGAGGUGCGGGGGUGCAGGAGCUGGUCAGAGCCAAUCGGAAAGACUUGGAAAUACUCCGUUCCCGAGGUUUUCCAUAUUCAGCCCCACGGCACCCCACCCCUGGCCACAUGCGUUAUUGCAUGCCAUAGAAGUCAAUGCGGAACAAAUUAUUUUAGUUUCCUUUGACUUCUAUGGGGAAACUCUGUUUGAUAUGCGAGUGCUUUGGAUUACGAGCAUUCUCCUGGAACGGAUUAUGCUCGUAAUCCAAGGUUCCAAUGGGUAUUUCUCAGAGGCACCAGUGGCAGGAUCCCCCUAAUGGAGUACAUACUGUUACCACACCAUGUAUGGGAGUCUCCUCCUGCUGCAUUCCCUGUAAUAUUAAUUCAACUGGAUUACCUUCUUAGCCUAGUAAUGAAAGACAUUAAUAGCCAGAUUCAGAGAGAGUUACGCCGGCGUAUCAGUAGAUACGCCGACGUAAAUCUGAAUCUGCGCCGU